GCGCAUUUUACACGGGGGAGACUGAGGCUAGGAGUACGACCCUCAGCCCGAGGUAGCAGCCUGCCCGGGGCGAGGCAGGGUAGGUGGUCGGCUGAGCCCACGCGCCUCAUGACCGUGCUCCAUCCGCAGACUCCGAUGGCGGCGGCGACACUGAUGCACCUGGCGCAGGGCUGUGUGACCUUUGAGGAUGUGGCCAUUUACUUUUCCCAGGAGGAAUGGGGCCUCCUUGAUGAGACUCAGAGACUCUUGUAUUGCAAUGUGAUGCUGGAGAACUUUGCACUUAUAGCCUCACUGGGAAUUACAUCUUUCAGGCCUAAUGUAGUUGCCCAACUGGAGAUGGAGAAAGAGCCCUGGAUGCCUGACAGAGUGGACAUGACUCCAGCCAUGGCAAGAGGGGCUUAUAGGGGGCCUGGCUCUGGUUUUUGGCAUGGAAUGGAGGGCCAAGAGUCACCUUCUGAGCAUAGUGUUUUUAUAGAAGGAGUAUCACAGGACAGGAAUCCCAAGGCAGGUCUGUCCGUCCAGAAGGACUACUCUUGUGACAUGAGUGGCCUGCUCUUAAAAGACAUUUUGCACCUUGUUGAACACCAGGCAACACAUCCCAGCCAGAAACCAUACAUGUGUGGGGCAUUUGGGAAAGGGUUCGGGUUCAGUGCAAAACUUCACCAGCAACAGAUGCAACAGAAUGUAGAGAAGCCCAACAGAAGGGAUGAGGGUAAGACCUCCUUUGUGAAGACCUGCAGAGCCCACAUGUCAGAGAAGCCUUUCACAUGUAGGGAGGAUGGGAAGGACUUCAUGGCCAGAUCAGGCUUUCUCCAGCAUCAGGUCAUUCACAGUCUUGGGGAGCCACAUAGGAGCACUGAAAGUGUAGUGGGUGUUCACACUGUGCAGAGGAAUUACAAGUGCAGCGAAUGUGGGAAGACUUUCAGUGACAAAUCCACACUUGUUCAGCACCAGAGAAUCCAUGCUGGAGAAAGGCCUUAUGAGUGUGGUGUAUGUGGGAAAUUCUUUAGACAGACCUCCACCCUCAAUAUACAUCAGAGGGUUCACACUGGAGAAAGAUCUUAUGAGUGCAGCGAAUGUGGAAAAGCCUUCAGCCACAAAACCAGAUUUAUUCAGCACCAGAAAAUCCACACUAAAGAAAGGCCUUAUGAGUGCAGCGAAUGUGGGAAAUUAUUUAGCCAGUGCUCUAGUCUCUUUCAACACCAGAGAGUUCACACUGGAGAAAAGCCUUAUGAGUGCCAUGAAUGUGGGAAGUUCUUUAGGCACAUCUCCAGUCUAAUUAAACAUCGGAGAGUUCACACUGGCGAAAUGCCUUAUGAGUGUGGCGAAUGUGGGAAAUUCUUUAGCCAAAGCUCUAACCUCAUUCAACAUCGGAGGGUUCACACUGGAGAAAGGCCUUAUGAGUGCAGUGAAUGUGGGAAAUUAUUUAGCCAAAGCUCCAACCUAAUUAAACAUCGGAGAGUUCAUACUGGUGAAAGCCCUCAUGAGUGCAGUGAAUGUGGGAAAGCCUUUAGCUACAACUCCAACCUAAUUAAACAUCAGAGAGUUCACACUGGAGAAAGGCCUUAUAAGUGCAACGAAUGUGGGAAAUUCUUUAGCCACAUCUCCAGUCUCAUUAAACAUCGGAGAAUUCACACAGGUGAACAGCCUUAUGAGUGCAGUGAAUGUGGGAGAUUCUUUAGCCAAAGCUCCAGCCUCAGUAACCAUCGGAGACUUCACACUGGUGAACGUCCUUAUGGGUGCAAUGAAUGUGGGAAAGCCUUCAGCCAAAGCUCUGAUCUCAUGAAACAUCAGAGAGUCCACAGUGGUGAGCGACCUUAUGAGUGCAGUGAAUGUGGGAAAGCCUUCAGCCAAAGGUCUAAUCUGAUUCAACACCAGAAACUUCACAAACCAGAUAGGCCUUAUUAGUACAGCAGAUGUGGGAAAGCCUUUCAGCCUAACCUCAUUUGGCACUGGAAAGUUCACAUUGUACAAAGGCCUUAGAAGUGCAAGGAAUGUGCUCCCUCCUUGUUCAACAUAAUGACUGACAUCAGAGAUAAGCUCAGAGAAUAGUCUUUAUGAGGGAACCAUCAGCCAGAAGUUGAACCUCAUUCAUCCAAAUAUCCACAUUGGGGAGAUAUAAUUGCUAGGUAUGGUGGAAGCUUUCUGGAGCUGACUUGCAUUUUAUGACCAUGGACUCUGACCAGUGACCAGAGUUUGUCACUGCCAGUGUUUGUGGCAGAAGCCAUCCCAGUUCUACACACUGGCAGUCCUUCAGAGUGUGUCAGCCACUCCACUAUGCUCGAGAAAGGCAGACCUCUGUUAUCUCCUUCCAAUCACUGGAAGGAAUUGUGAGUAACCUGAGGCUAUUGGAGAGCAUUAUUCCCUCCCACUGUGACUGGUUUACUGUAGACCUGACCCAUGUUUGGCCACAAAGACAUGAGCUGGGUUCUGCUGUCGGCUUGCAGAGAUUCCCCUUUUUCAAAGACAUUGUUCUCAUGUGAUGCUCAUGGUGGAUUUAUUCAGCCUUCAAGUUACCCAACCCAACAAAUUCUUGCUUUACAUUGUUCUGGUUUGUGUAAUAAAGACCUUAUUGUUAAAGCCACCUUUAGUCUUUUGUGUAUGGGGGAUGGGUAAAGAACAGAAUGAAGGUCUACAAAACUAAAGGGUUCUCCAAUUUUAAUGCCUCAGAGGAGACAGCAGGAUGGCAGAGAAUAGCUCUCUGUCCAGAUUUGGCUCCAUUUGCAUUACUACCCAAGGCUUCUUAGGACAAUCUGUGGACUUAAUGUUGUAGUCUGAAUGCCAUGAAUUUUUGUAAACCCAGAGGUCACCCUGUGGAGGAAGUUGUAACCUCUAGUGCAUUUGAGAGCAGCAUGAAUUGGGUCCUUUGUUCUGAGGGCAUGCCCCACAUUCCCCAGCACUAUUAACUGGCUCUUGCCAAAGAGGUGUGCCCUUAAAUCUAACAUCUGGUAAGCAUAUGUCUCUAACUGUAAGUUCUACCGGGCCCAGGUGGGAACUAUAAUUUGUAUAGAAACACUGGGUGUGAUAGGGAGUAGGUGAGACUACAGCAAACUAGAGGGAAUCUGCCUAUUCCAAAAGUGCAUCCACAAAUGUUCCCUUGAAUGUGACUGUGCAGGAUGUGGGGUUUGCAGAAAUCCCUAGGACUUCCAGACUCUGUUCAAUGGUCAAAGUCACUGGCAGAGAAAACAAGAACGGUUUUUUGGAUUACUGUAGCUUCUCUGCAGCCUUCAUCUGAAGGCCAUUACUGCACCUGCAUAAAAAAGACAGAGAAGGCAGAUCAUUUAGUCCAGGGAUGUAGCAUUUGUGACAUUGCUAGCAUUUCUGAUGAAACAGGUGGAAAUGGCCUUCAUUGCUUAGCUUUUUUUUUUUUCUGCCAAGUCAUAAGGAGAGAGAGAGGACCAGAGCUAUGCAUUUGGUUUUCAAAGCUGGGAGGCUAGAAGGAUCAACUAGAGAAUGGAUAGAGACAGUAGAAUCCAAGAACUGUGCCUUUGGACCCUUCAAGUUUUAGGGGAGAGCAGGUAAGGAGUAGAUGGAAAAGGAGGCAGAGAAGGUGUAGUCAGAUAAAAGACCCAAGAGAGGGGGUGAUUCCCUUGGUCCAAAAAGUGAAUCAAGGAGGGAGUGGCAUCACUUCUUCCCAGGAGGGCCCCCACAAGCAGGGAUUGUGUAUAUUUUCUCACCUUAUGCACUGCCCCUAGGUGGGUACCUGAGCACAUGCUAGAUUCUCAGUGAAUACUUAAGAUGUUGUGACUGAAGAUGGCAUCACUGUAGCAACUGGAAAGCCCUACAAUUCACUUCCUAGGCUGUGCCUGAUUGUGAGAUCUCCCCAUCUCUACAACCUGCCUCUACAAAGCCUGCCUCCAGAUUCUGUGGCUUUCACCCUCCCCUGAAUGUCCUAAACGCUCCAUGUGAGCAGACUGA